AUGGCUUCGCCAAGUCCACUUCAGCACUUUUCACUGAAACCCAAGAGAGCCAACCUGUACUACAUGACGUUAGUCGCCGUCCUCUGCACGCUCUGCUACCUCGUCGGAAUUUGGCAGCACUCCACCGGCACCACCGCCCUCACCGCUGACAUAUCCACCUCCGACUCCUCCUGUCCCCCAAUCACCAGGAACACAACAAUCCACCUCGACUUCGAGGCCCACCACCGCGCCGAGGACCUCCCCCUACCUCCGGCGGCGGCGCGUGUGGCUCACCUGCCGCCCUGCGACGCAAAGCUCAGCGAGUACACGCCAUGCCAGGACGUCACGAGGUCGCUGAAAUUCGACAGGGAGAGGUUGGUUUACAGGGAGAGGCAUUGUCCGGAGAAGGGGGAGCUUCUCAAGUGCCGGAUUCCGGCUCCCCACGGGUAUAAGGUGCCAUUUCGGUGGCCGGAAAGCAGAGACUCUGUUUGGUACGCGAAUGUGCCGCACAAGGAGUUGACCGUGGAGAAGAAGAAGCAGAAUUGGGUUCAAUACGAAGGGGACCGGUUUAGAUUCCCUGGUGGUGGGACCAUGUUUCCUCGUGGUGCGGAUGCGUAUAUUGAUGAAAUCGGGAAAUUGAUCAAUCUCAGAGAUGGGUCUGUACGAACCGCCAUUGAUACCGGUUGUGGGGUUGCAAGUUGGGGAGCUUACCUUUUGUCCAGGGACAUCCUACCAAUGUCAUUUGCACCAAGAGACACCCAUGAAGGACAAGUUCAAUUUGCUCUUGAGAGAGGAGUUCCUGCAUUGAUUGGCAUUCUUGCUUCCCAGAGACUCCCUUACCCCUCAAGAGCUUUUGACAUGGCUCAUUGCUCUCGUUGCCUCAUUCCCUGGGGCCAAUAUGAUGGGCUUUACUUAAUCGAAGUUGAUCGAGUUUUGCGUCCCGGUGGAUACUGGAUUCUGUCUGGACCACCAAUUAAUUGGGAGAAGCACUGGAAAGGCUGGGAUAGAACAGCUGAGGACCUUAAAGCUGAACAGACUAUGAUUGAGAAUGUAGCAAAAAGCUUGUGCUGGAAGAAAUUGAAGCAGAAGGAUGAUCUUGCUGUUUGGCAAAAACCCACCAACCAUGUCCAUUGUAAGGUCAAUAGAAAGGUCUUCAAGAAACCAUCCUUCUGCCAAGCUGAAGAUCCAGACAAAGCAUGGUAUACUACAAUGGAGGAUUGUUUGACCCCACUGCCUGGAGUGAACAACAUUAAAGAAAUUGCAGGAGGGGAAUUGGCAAAAUGGCCAGAGAGGCUAACUUCAGUCCCUCCAAGAAUCAGUAGUGGGAGUGUGACAGGAAUUACAGCUGAGAUGUUCAGAGACAAUACAGAGCUGUGGAAGAAAAGAGUGGCAUACUACAAGACCUUGGAUUAUCAGUUGGCAGAGCCCGGGAGGUACCGGAAUUUGCUUGACAUGAACGCUUAUUUGGGAGGCUUUGCAGCUGCCCUAGUUCAGGACCCUGUGUGGGUUAUGAACAUUGUCCCUGUUGAGGCUGAGGUUAACACCCUUGGAGUCAUUUACGAACGAGGAUUGAUUGGAACUUAUCAGAAUUGGUGUGAGGCCAUGUCUACUUACCCAAGAACCUAUGACUUCAUCCACUCUGAUUCAGUUUUUAGUCUCUACAAGGACAGAUGCGAAGUUGAAGAUAUUCUUUUAGAAAUGGAUAGGAUUUUAAGGCCAGAAGGUAGUAUAAUUUUCCGGGAUGAUGUGGAUGUGUUGGUGAAAGUCAAGAGCAUCAUGGAUGCAAUGCAAUAUGAUGCCACAAUCGUUGACCAUGAAAAUGGUCCCAGACAUAGAGAAAAGAUAUUAUUGGCGGCCAAGCAGUAUUGGACAGCACCAGCUCCUAGCCAAGAUCAAGGAGAAAGCCAAACAGAUUCAUAG